CGCAGGGCCUUGUGGGUAGCAAGCAGUCGCCAGGUGACUGCUAAUGGCGGCUGUGGAGGCAGUGGCGGCGGAGUCCCUGGAAGGAGCUUCCUGAAGCCGUCGCAAGCGGAUCAUAGAGCCCCAGAUAGCUACUGGCGAGUCCCUGACCCAUUUCCUCUCCCUCCUUCCCCUCGCAGCUCGGGUUGGCGAGACCCGAUCCAGCCCCCCCCCCCCAAGUUCCGAGACGCUGCCGCCAUGGACUCAGGGGCGCCGGGCGCAGACGGUGGAGGGGGCCUGGGUACCUUCGGGGCCGGCCGGAGGCCUCCCCGACCCGUGGGUGCCCUGGCUGUGGGCUCGAGGCAGCCCAGUGUGGAGACCCUAGACAGCCCUACAGGAUCACACGUUGAAUGGUGCAAACAGCUAAUAGCUGCUACAAUUUCUAGUCAGAUUUCAGGGUCAGUGCCGUCUGAAAACAUAUCCAGAGAUUACAGGGUUUUCAGGAGGCCUGAAAUAAGAAGGAACACCUCUAAAUCAGGAGCAAGAUUGCAGGAGGUUCAGGACGGACACAAUGGCUAUCAUUCUGAAGCUGGAGCUGAUCAGGCUCUGAGGGAUGGCAAUAAGCUGGCACAAAUGGAAGAGGCACCACUUUUUCCAGGAGAAUCCAUCAAAGCUAUUGUUAAGAAUGUCAUGUAUAUCUGUCCAUUUAUGGGAGCCGUUAGUGGAACACUGACAGUGACUGAUUUCAAGAUGUACUUCAAAAAUGUAGAAAGGGAUCCCCAUUUUAUCCUUGAUGUUCCCCUUGGAGUGAUAAGCAGAGUUGAGAAGAUCGGAGUACAGAGUCAUGGAGAUAACUCUUGUGGCAUAGAGAUUGUUUGCAAGGAUAUGAGAAACUUGCGACUUGCCUAUAAACAAGAAGAACAGAGUAAGCUGGGGAUAUUUGAAAACCUCAACAGAUAUGCCUUUCCUCUUUCCAAUGGACAAACUUUAUUUGCAUUCAACUAUAAAGAAAAAUUUCCAUCUAAUGGCUGGAAAGUUUAUGAUCCUGUAUCUGAAUAUAAGAGACAGGGUUUACCAAAUGAGAGCUGGAAAAUAUCCAAAAUAAAUAGUAGCUAUGAGCUUUGUGAUACAUAUCCUGCUAUUAUUGUUGUACCAACUAGCGUGAAAGAUGACGACCUCACAAAAGUAGCAGCAUUUAGAGCAAAAGGCAGAGUUCCGGUCUUGUCCUGGAUUCACCCUGAAAGUCAGGCGACAAUUACUCGAUGCAGCCAGCCACUUGUGGGCCCAAAUGAUAAACGCUGCAAAGAAGAUGAAAAAUAUCUGCAAACAAUAAUGGAUGCUAAUGCCCAGUCACAUAAACUUAUUAUCUUUGAUGCCAGACAGAACAGUGUUGCCGAUACUAACAAGGCCAAAGGUGGAGGAUAUGAAAGUGAAAGUGCCUACCCAAAUGCUGAGCUGAUAUUCUUGGAAAUUCACAACAUUCAUGUGAUGAGAGAAUCGUUACGGAAAUUGAAAGAAAUCGUGUAUCCUUCCAUCGAUGAGACCAAGUGGCUAUCCAAUGUGGAUGCAACCCAUUGGUUGGAAUACAUAAGGAUGCUUCUUGCUGGAGCAGUAAGAAUUGCUGAUAAAAUAGAAUCUGGAAAAACUUCUGUGGUGAUACACUGCAGUGAUGGUUGGGACCGCACAGCACAGCUCACAUCUCUGGCCAUGCUUAUGUUGGACAGCCAUUAUCGCACCAUUCAAGGCUUUGAAGCCCUUGUAGAAAAAGAGUGGACAAGCUUUGGGCACCGGUUUGCAUUGAGAGUUGGCCACGGUGAUGACAACCAUGCAGAUGCUGAUAGAUCACCUAUAUUUCUUCAGUUUAUUGAUUGUGUUUGGCAAAUGACAAAACAGUUUCCCUCGGCAUUCGAGUUCAAUGAACUGUUCUUGAUCACGAUCUUGGAUCACCUUUACAGUUGCCUUUUUGGGACUUUUUUGUGCAACUGUGAACAGCAGCGGUUAAAAGAGGGUGUGAAUACAAAAACGAUAUCUUUAUGGUCUUAUAUCAACAGCCAACUGGAUGAGUUUUCUAAUCCCUUCUAUGUGAAUUAUGAAAACCACGUUUUAUAUCCUGUUGCUAGUCUGAAUCAUUUGGAAUUGUGGGUAAACUAUUAUGUCCGAUGGAAUCCACGAAUGAGACCUCAGAUGCCUAUUCACCAGAAUCUUAAGGAGCUGCUUGCCAUAAGAUCAGAGCUUCAAAAGAGGGUGGAGGACUUACAGCGCGAAGCUGCUACGCGGUCUAUUUCAUCGUCUUCGGAUCGGGGGUCCUCUCCUUCCCACUCCGUCACUCCAGUACACACGUCUGUUUGAUGUGGCUUGGAAGCCAGAAAUGCUUCUUAGAAGAGCAUUGUCCAUCCGUAGAAUAUAUCUUACCGUACCAUAAACCGCAUCGACAUCCCGCUCCCUCGCCAUACAUGCUGUUGUAAAAGGGGAGUUUUGUAAUUGUUAGGGUAGCACUUUGUCUUUUUAUAUUCUCUAUUGUGGUGUUUUCAAUAACUGAUCAUUUGUGUGGCUGUUUGGACAUCCUUAGCAGAACUCUGUUUUGUGAGCAACUGUGACUUCGUUUUGAAUCGCCAACAAUUUCUCAGUCUUUAAAGGGGUUCUUCUCACCGUCAUACUGAUUAUAUGAGAAAGCACGAUGCCUUAGGCAGCUUUUGAGAAGCCAGCGCAAACGGUCUGUCAUGUUUACCUUGAAGGCAGCUUUCAAGGUGGUUUUCAAAAGCAAAUGCAUUACAAAUGGACAUUUUGUACCUAAAGAUCAUGUGUCAGCCAGUUAAGUGACUUCUCUAAGGUUCUUUGAUAAAACUUCAACCCACUUUUCAGGAUUUUAUGGGGAAAGAAAUGACAUUGUUACAUUUGUAAGAUGUCUUCUUGAAAGAAUUCAUUCUUGCCAAGUGAUAUAUAUAUAUAUAGAUACAUGCACAAGAUUUGCUUUCUUAAGAGCCAUUCUUUUCCUGCUUUUUCACGUAUAAAAUGGACAUGUUCAUAUUCCUUGUGAAGGUGUCAGAAAAAUCAGGGUGUAUACGAAACUGUUCUCGUUAAAUCUCAUGGUAGACUAUGGUACAUUUGGAUCAGAUCCUCAGAAAUGGAGAUAUGAGUAGCAUAGAAGCACUUUAAGUCUUGCAACAUGCACACCAGGCUAGUAUUAUUUAUUCGCAUGGAUAUCAAUGGGUUGUCCGCGGUUUCCUACCUUUCCAAACUGCUGAUCACUAAUUUCGUUUUCAUAUUAUCUGUUGGAUUGGAUUCCUUUGAGCUGACAUGAUUACUUUCUCAGUAUAUAUUUAUAGCAAAUAUUUCUAACUUGAUUGGAAUGCCUUUUCUCAAGUUUUUUACAGUAUAUCUCCUGAAUGUUAUCCCUUUAAAGCAAUCCUCAGACAGAGAUGGAGUUUACAAAGUUUCUGUUUGUUUCUCCUUUUCAUCCACUAAAGCAACUGGUUGUUUUAAAGCUAGUCGGUUCGUUUAUGGGGAAUGAUCUGUGUAGUUACCUCACGUGGGAGCUUCCUCGAGUGUAGUCCAAACCAAAUGACUGUGUGUGCUAGGUCGAGAGCUCUUAACGCCAUCCCGUGAUACUACAUGUUUCUGCCCCAUGCCAGUAUAGUCCCAUUUGCUCCUCAUCUUCAGCGAAGUGCAGUACUCAGAACACCAACCAAUGUUACCAGCUUAGAACCGAAAGAUAAACUGUUCUUUAGCAAAGGAGAAUGUAUACUGUCCCAGGGAGACUUUAGUCGGCCAAAAAUUACUGUACAUUAACGACGACGUCCUGGUGACCUCAUGUUGGAGAAUCUGCUUUUUCAGUGUUUAUACGAGUUAAAUAAUGGACAAAUGAACAUGUUUCAAGGGGUCCCAAAAGUCUUACCGUAGCCUGGAUUUUCUGUUACAUGAAGCGAUUUCCUAUUAGGGUGACAGAAACAUAUUUAUAUGAGGCUUAAAGAAACAACUCUUUGAGGGUUAGCCAUGUCAGUGAUGGUAUUAUUUUUUACUGGCUAUGACACGUACCUGAAUGGUAUGUUUAAUAAGGAAGAUUGAAGGGAAAUGAGUGCUUGAUUUCAGCCAGUAGAAUAAAAGUGAUUGCUCGAUGAGCUGAUAAAUGGCUACGGGAUCAUUUCUUCCAUUUUAUUUUUCAGUAUGUGAUGAUAAAAAAUGGUCAAGUGAAGCUUUUAAAUUGGUAGCCUGUUGUGUUUGCCUUACUGGAUGAUCUGUCUAGACUGAAAACGAGUGGAGAUUGUUUUUUUGGAAAUUCAUUUCCCUUUUUACUCCUUCCUGGAAUGAUUCAGUAGCGACAUCAGCGACGGUAAUCCUGUUAAUGUACAGUAGGUUCUAUGGCCCUUUUAAUGAAAACCAGAUCAUUUAAUCAGGUAUGUUAGCUACUACUGACUAGAUAGCCUUUUGGUGGGAGGAAUAGAAUCUGGAGAAUGGACUCAUUCCUAGCUCUCGCCUACAGCAUGGACCUCACCAUAGCAGACUGCAUUGUUGAAGCCAGGGCGUGAAUCCUGAGCACAUCCUGGCUCCAAGGUGACUGUCUAGGUGAGGUUACCUACAGUCUAACAAAAAUCUCUGCUAGAGAUCUAAUAAAAGCACAACAGAGCUGGGGGGGGGGGGGGGGGGGGGGCGGGUCUUCUGUGUCAAAAACCACUUGAAUUUUCAUUCUGUUAUAGAAGGGGUUGCUUUUUAUACUAUUUGAUUUUUAGGUGUAUGAGAGUAAAAAAUUGUGCAAUUCAAGUUUUACAGUUGGUACCAUAUUGUAUUUGCCUCAUCUGAAAGUUUCAUUCUAGAAUUAAAAUUGAUAUGUUUA